AUGGCACAUAACAUUAUUAUUUAUUGCAAAAACAAUUAAUUCUCCUGCUUAAUUUAUUUCUUUUUAUUCACUUCACUUCCCGACAGGAAUUAAAUGUCAAAACAAUCUCCAUUGUUCUCCCUACAACCUCAUCGACAAGCGGUUUUGAAGAGCUUCCUCCCAAAAAGAGUGUUUGGAAGAAAAGGGUGUUUUCUUCUUUUCAAUUUUGGGUAUUGAUCUCAUUUUGGAGUGAUUUUCUUAGAACUGUAUUUGUGGGCAUUUGGACGUUAUGAUGAAGUCUUUUAGGUUUCCGGUUAUGCCUUUUCUGCUCUGCACACUGCUUUUGUUUUCCAGCAUUAACAAUGCCUCCUUAACUUCCGAAAUGUUUCCAAACCACCUCCAUGUAGAAUCAAAUAAAUGUUUGUUUGCCACACCAUCAAACAGGAAGAUGAAACUGCAGGAUACCGUGCAUAGUAACCCAACGAGGUGGAAUGUUCGUGUCGGUAACAUGAAUCUUUAUGACUACAGCCCCAUCGAUCCAGUUCCAACCUCUAAGAGAUCCAUAAAACAUGGACCAAUAGAGCAUGGCUCUCCUCUUAUACCUCAUAUGCCAAAUCCUUCCCCUCCUGAUCAACCACAGCCUGGUGGUUUUGUGUAGAGAGCAGAUACCUUUCUCUCUACAAGUUAUAAAUAAACUGAAUGUGUUUAUUGUCAAACCAGCUAUGUUUACUGUCAUCGUCCUGUAAAUAGUCACGCCUCGUAUUAUCUACCGUACUAAAAUGAAGUAAUGGAAUGAUGUAUUAGGAAAUGAAUGUAUUUGUAGAUCUUGUCUACUUAUACCACAUAUAGUUUAGUUGAAGUCUAUAAGUGAUUUGUUCAAAGUAUUUAAUAGUUGUUUUAUAAAUCUAUAUGGGUGAGCCAUUUUUGUUGGAA